GUUUAAUUGACAAUUUGCCUUCCUCCUUCCUUUUCCUUUUUCAUGAAAAUUUCUUCGGUUUCUUCUCCUUCGUUUCUGCGGAAUCCCCUCUCAUGGUUCCUUCCAGUUAUCUAAAUUUCUCUCUUCCUCUCCAAAUCCUUCUUUCUAGUUCCCUUCGGCGAGAAUCUCUCUUCCAUUGGUGAUCCCUCUUCUUCAUUUUGGAUCGCUUUCUCCCUCCAGGGUGUCCGGCGAGCAUCCAAGGAUUGCAGUUUAGCUGGUUUUGGACAGAGGAGCAUAUGAUAGGAGAGCGAACACUAUUAGAUUAGUUGGCAUGCUGACUUCAAGUUUGAUUGGUGGAGCUCUAUAGUUGGGCGUUGACUGGUUACUUUAAAUGAUACGAGAUCAUUGCAGCUUGUAGAAGCUGCACUAAGAAUGUUGAUUAUAGUUGCACCAGUAUAUAACUGGUCCUAUGAUGACUAUCGGGUUCUUGUCGAAGUUGUACAUAACAAGCUACAGUUUAGCCUUGGAGCAUUCGUGCCAGUUAGUAACUUGCACACUAGCAGAAGAGUAGAGCCCACUUUUAGGAGGUUCACCAAAGUCCUCUGACAGUUUCUUAAUUGUCACCUACUGGAACUUCAAUAAUGGAAAGAUAUAAAAUGUUGGAAGAGCUCGGUGAUGGCACCUGUGGUAGUGUAUUUAGGGCCAUCAAUACAGACACCUGUGAAAUUGUUGCUGUGAAGAAAAUGAAACGGAAGUUCUAUUUUUGGGAAGAGUGUAUGAACCUACGAGAAGUGAAGGCCCUUCGAAAAUUGAAUCAUCCCAAUAUCAUAAAGUUGAAAGAGGUGGUCCGGGAAAACAAUGAGCUAUUUUUCAUCUUUGAGUACAUGGAACACAAUUUGUACCAAAUAAUGAAGGAACGAGAAAGGCCUUUCUCAGAGAAAGAAAUACGGAGUUUUAUGUCCCAGGUGCUACAAGGACUUUCCAAUAUGCAUAAAAAUGGAUAUUUUCAUCGUGAUCUAAAACCUGAAAAUUUGCUGGUGACGAACGAAGUUUUAAAAAUUGCUGAUUUUGGACUGGCUAGAGAAGUUUCAUCACAGCCUCCUUAUACUGAAUAUGUCUCGACGAGAUGGUACCGUGCUCCAGAAGUUUUGUUGCAGUCAUCAGUAUACACUCCAGCUAUUGACAUGUGGGCGGUUGGCGCAAUACUUGCUGAGCUAUUCACUUUAUCACCUAUCUUCCCUGGAGAAAGUGAACUUGAUCAACUAUACAAGAUUUGCUGCAUUUUGGGUUCGCCGGAUUGGAAUACGUUUCCUGAGGCUACAAACAUAUCUCGAUUGAUAAAUAUCAGCCACUCAGAGAUUACACCAGCUAAUUUAUCUGAAAUCAUACCCAAUGGCAGCUCGGAAGCGCUUGAUCUGAUUGUGCAACUGUGUUCCUGGGACCCACAUAAGAGACCAACUGCUGAUCAGGCUCUACAACAUCCGUUUUUCCAUGUUGCUAUGAGAGUUCCUUACCCGCUCCGAGACCCGCUUGAACUCAGCCUGAACAAUAUUGGGGCAAUGCCAAACCUGGAAUUAAACCUCUGGGAUUUUGGUGCACAAAAUGAUGACUGUUUCCUGGGAUUAACCCUGGCAGUGAAGCCUAGUGCCUCGAACUUAGGUAAACACUAUCUUCACCUUCGAUUAUUUUGCAAAUUGCCUAUUUGUGUUCACAAACCGAAGGGUCUGCAUGCUGAUUUGAAGGAUCAUCAAGACCAGUCAGUAUUCUGGUCCCUUGUCUCUCCUGCUCAAAACCGGAUUCACCCUAAUGUGGAGUCAUCUCUAUCUUUAUCAUUCAGCUCACUUCAGCAUCCGUCAGUCGGUGUCCCGCAGUCAUCCGGGUUUGCAAUUGCAUCACUUCAACCCAACAUCUUAGAAUAUCCAUUGUUGGCGAUGUCGUCCCCGUUGCAGCAAACUCAUUACCUCUGACUGAUAUCUCUGGAAGUGAAGUGACCUAAUAAGGCGGGUGUAUAGCUAUAGGCAAGAUUUGUAAUUCUUAUAUUUCUCUCUUCUGUAAAGUGUCAUUUAGGAAUUUGAUAGGUGCCAGCUGGCUUGCUCCAACUACCAGCAUUUUGAAGGAAACCUUGGGGAAUUGAUUGCACUGUUGUAACUGAAUCUCCACCCUCUAUCUCAAGAUAACCAGAAGGGAAAUCUGGAGAACAGACAGAAAGCACAAAGAUACUUUUAUUCUUUGCCAACAAAGGGGGAUACUGACUUGUUCUAAUUGCCAGUUCUUUCUUUCUUGUUGCGUGCCCUAGCACAGUUGCAGCUACAACAAGAUCUAAACCGGCCUUAGAACUUAGUUGCACUCCAAGCUUGCAGUGCGACAAUGUAGUAGUAUUAAAACACAAAUGACAGAACUUCGUCCUCGAACAAGAUAGCUUCAUCCAUCCAUGGCGCCGUCCAAAGCAAAAGCCUUACGCAAUCGAAGA